UUGAAACCAUAGUCUAACCACCUGAAAUAUAACAUAAAUAUUCUCUAAUCUUUCGACUAAUAUCUUUUAACAAUGGGUGUUCCCACAGUGCAACCACAUUUUGUGCUGUUUCCUUUCAUGGCACAAGGCCACACCAUCCCUAUGAUUGACAUUGCACGUCUAUUGGCACAGCGCGGAGUUAAAAUCACAAUCCUUACCACACACUUAAAUUCCACUAGAUUCAACACAGUUAUCGCUCGUGCUAUAGAGUCGGGACUAAAAAUUCAGGUAGCUCACCUCUAUUUUCCGAGCUUAGAGGCUGGACUACCUGAAGGGUGUGAAAAUUUUGACAUGCUUCCGUCCAUGGAUUUUGGGUUGAAAUUCUUCGAUGCAACGAAAAGGCUUCAACCCCAAGUGGAAGAAAUUUUGCAAGAAUUGAAACCUUCACCAAGUUGCAUAAUAUCUGAUAUGUGUUUCCCAUGGACAACUAAUGUUGCACAAAAAUUUAACAUCCCUAGGAUUGUUUUUCAUGGGAUGUGUUGCUUCUCUUUAUUGUGCUUAGAAAAUUUGAGAGAUUGGAAGGAGUUGGAGAAAAUAGAGUCUGAUACAGAGUACUUUCAAGUGCCUGGAUUGUUUGACAAGAUUGAACUAAACAAAGCUCAGCUUGGAGAUAUGGUUAAGCCAAGAAAUUCAGAUUGGAAAGAAUUUAUGGAUCAACUGAAGAAAGCAGAAGAAGAAGCUUAUGGGAUAGUGGUGAAUAGCUUUGAGGAGUUGGAACAAGAAUAUGUCAAGGGAUUGAAGAAUGCGAAAGGCAAGAAAAUUUGGACCAUUGGCCCUGUUUCACUAUGCAACAAAGAGAAACAAGACAAAUUUGAAAGAGGGAACAAGGCUUCAAUUGAUGAACACAAGUGCCUAAAAUGGCUAGACACUUGGGAACAAGACUCUGUACUCUUUGUCUGUCUCGGGAGCCUAUCGCGCCUUUCGACGUCUCAAAUGAUAGAGCUGGGGCUCGGGUUAGAAUCGUCAAAACGACCCUUCAUUUGGGUAGUUAGGCACAUGUCAGAAGAAUUCCAAAAUUGGCUGGUGGAAGAAAAUUUUGAGGAAAGAGUUGAAGGACAAGGACUUUUAAUCCACGGUUGGGCCCCACAAGUACUGAUAUUAUCUCAUCCUUCAGUAAGGGGAUUCUUGACACACUGUGGAUGGAACUCGAGUCUGGAAGGUAUAUCAGCUGGCGUGCCGAUGAUUACUUGGCCAAUGUUUGCUGAGCAGUUCUGCAAUGAGAGGCUAAUAGUGAAUGUACUAAAGACAGGAGUGAGGGCCGGCAUGGAGAUUCCAGUGAUGUUUGGGGAGGAAGAAAAAUUGGGAGCACAAGUGAGCAAAGAUAACAUUAAGAUGGUCAUUGAAGAAGUAAUGGGUGAAGAAAUGGAAGCUGAAAUGAGAAGGAAAAGAGCUAAAGAACUAGGAGACAUGGCAAUGAGGGCUAUGGAGGAAGGGGGUUCCUCUCACUUCAACUUGACUCAACUGAUUCAAGAUGUCACAGAGCAAGCAAAUAUUUGAAAUCCAUCUAAGAAAAGGUUGAUUUAGGAGAUAGUGCUAUGUAUACCUUAUAGUUAAAUCAAGUCUGAACAGUAACGUUAUAUUGGA